ACCAACCAUUCAAUCUCAAUCAAACAAAGACACAAUGCCUUCCAACGUGACAGUUUUCUACGGGCAGCCCAAGGAGGGCGAGUUCUUCGACAUGGACUACUACAUCAACAAACACAUGCCCAUCGCCAACGAGCAUUGGACGCCUCUGGGCCUCCAGAACUGGCAGGUCCUGCGGUUCGGCCCUGACGCCCCCUACCAUGUGGUCGCCAUCUUGAACUGGGAGAACGAAGGCGACGCCGACAGGGCCCUCAAGCACGAAGCAGCAAAGAUUGUUGUUGGCGACGUGCCCAACUUCACAAACAUGAAGCCUAUCCUGACGCCCGGCGAGAUCACUGGCACCUGGGAGCGAAAGUAAGGAGGGGUUGCAAAGAAGGGCGGGGUUGAUGGAUCGGAGUGGAUUAGCGACGCCACUUGAUAUACCUACCACAGCUAAUUUAUCGCAUAGCUAGCAAAUCACGCACAAUUUAUCAUGAUCAGCUUAUCAGCGCGAGGAUGUGAUACCGUGUCCAUUAUAUUACGGAGUAUCUAGUAUCUAUACAAAAGGUGUCCAGAGUGUGCGAAAAAGAGGCUACAUUUACGUGGGGCGUAAUGACAUGAAACC